AGCAAUUUUCAUUAUUAUUUACCAAAUUCCAACUGCCCCCCUUUUACUUCAGCCCCCGGCUCUUCUCGUCUCUUUCUCUUACAUUUUAGCCAUUUGUAUUAUCCAAGCUCUUGUUUCUUCAUCAUGGACUCUGCGUCUGAUAAUCUCGCCUCCUCUCCCUCUUCUUCUUCCGACGCUCCAUCUGCCUCUUCCUCCCUCUCUCCCGUACAUCGUGCUCUUCAUUUUGUUCACUCUCAGGACUCUGCUUUAAGGCUCGAAGGCGCCAGAGAAAUCCGCCGCCUCACCAAGACUUCUCAGCGCUGCCGCCGCCAGCUUGCCGCCGCCGUUAACCCGCUCGUUCAAAUGCUCCGUGACCACUCGCCUGAGUCUCACCACGAGUCCGCUCUUCUUGCUCUCCUUAAUCUUGCAGUUAAAGAUGAAAAGAAUAAGAUCAGUAUUGUAGAAGCUGGGGCCUUAGAACCAAUAAUUACUUUCUUUCAGUCACAAAAUUUGAGCCUACGGGAGCAUGCUACUGCUGCCUUGCUCACUUUGUCUGCUUCGACUGUCAACAAGCCAUUUAUAAGUGCUUCUGGUGCCAUCCCUCUCCUUGUGGAAAUCCUUAGACAUGGAAGCCAACAAGCCAAGUUUGAUGCUGUAAUGGCUCUCUCAAAUCUCUCUACACACCCAGAUAAUCUCAGCAUCAUUCUUGAAACAAAUCCAAUCCCAUCUAUUGUUAGUUUGCUCAAAUUCUGUAAAAAGUCAUCAAAAACAGCAGAGAAAUGUAGUGCUCUUAUAGAAUCAUUAGUCGCAUUUGAUGAGGGUAGAGUGGCAUUGACAUCUGAAGAAGGUGGAGUGCUUGCAGUUGUUGAAGUGCUUGAAAAUGGAUCUCUUCAAGGUCGGGAGCAUGCAGUUGGGGCACUACUUAUUAUGUGUCAGAGUGACCGACGUAAAUAUAGAGAGCCAAUUCUUAGAGAAGGUGUGAUUCCUGGUCUUCUUGAGCUCACAGUUCAAGGAAUGCCCAAGUCUCAGACAAAAGCACAAACCCUCUUGCGGUUAUUGAGGGAUUCUCCGUAUCCAAGAUCAGAACUUCAACCCGAUACUCUGGAGAAUAUUGUUUGUAACAUAAUCUCUCAAAUGGAUGGAGAUGAACAAUCUGGGAAAGCAAAAAAGAUGUUGGCUGAAAUGGUACAAGUUAGCAUGGAACAAAGCCUAAGACAUUUACAGCAAAGGGCUCUGGUAUGCACACCAACUGAUAUUCCAAUUCCCAGUUGUGCUUCUGAAGUUUCUUCAAAAUAAUUGUUUUGGUUUACAGCUUUUCGUUUUUGUGAUGUAUGUGAGAACAAAUUUUCCACUGUAGAAAAGAUAAAAUAAGAUAUAGUGCAAAAGAAAAAAAUAUGCCAGUCCAGGCCGCGGUUUUGGUAUCAGGUGACUGGUGGGUGCAAAUAAAAAUGUUCAAUCUGUAUGAGGGUCAAGACAUAGUUUUGUAGUUUGGCUUGUAAAGUUACUCUUGUAAAAUAUUUACAGAACCAGUGAAAGAUUUCCUCUUCCCUUUUCUUCUA